CAAAUCACCGACUUAUACUGAUAACUAACUAACUAGUUAAGAAUAGUGGGAAGAAAAUGUCUGUAGUUGAAGGAACAGAGGCUCUUAGAAGACCCACUAGAAGAAGAUUUAUAGGAAAGAAAACUGGUGGAACGGGUGAAAGUGAAAAUGUUAAUAGUGAUGAAUCUCAUAGUGCAUUAGUAGCUAGUGGUUCACGAAAGAAACAUGUUGGUAGAGUUAUGAACCAAAUUCCCGAAGAUAUUUUAAAUGAUAAAGAAUUGAAUGAAGCCAUAAGGUUAUUACCAUCCAAUUAUAAUUUUGAACUUCAUAAGACAGUAUGGAAUAUUCGAAAACAUGAAGCUAAACGAGUUGCCCUUCAAAUGCCUGAAGGUUUAUUAAUUUAUUCACUUAUUAUAUCGGAUAUUUUAGAACAAUUUUGUCAAGUUGAAACAGUUGUAAUGGGAGAUGUUUCAUAUGGGGCAUGUUGUAUAGAUGAUUAUACAGCUAGAUCAUUAGAUUGUGAUUUUAUUGUUCAUUAUGCUCAUUCAUGUCUUGUACCAAUUGAUAUAACUUCAAUUAAAGUCUUGUAUAUAUUUGUUACUAUAAAUAUUGAUGAAAAUCAUUUAAUUAAUACUUUAAAAUUGAAUUUUGAAAAGGGAACUCAAUUGGCAGUAUUUGGAACUAUACAAUUUAAUCCAACAAUUCAUUCAGUUAAGGCAAAAUUAGAAACUGAUGAUGAACCAAUAUAUUUAAUACCUCCUCAAACAAGACCUUUAUCAAAGGGUGAAGUACUAGGUUGUACAUCUGCUCGAUUAGAUAAAAAUCAAAUUCAAGGAAUGAUAUAUAUAGGAGAUGGAAGAUUUCAUCUUGAAAGUUCAAUGAUUCAUAAUCCAGAAAUACCGGCUUAUAGGUAUGAUCCAUAUUCAAGAAAAUUUACUAAAGAAUAUUAUGAUCAAAAGGAAAUGAUUCAAGUAAGAGAAGAUGCUAUUAAGAUUGCAUCUAAAGCUAAAAAAGUAGGAUUAAUUUUAGGAGCUUUAGGUAGACAAGGUAAUCCAAUAACUUUAGAUACUCUUGAAAAGAAUCUUUCUGAAAGAGGAGUUAAAGUAGUUAAGAUAAUUUUAAGUGAAAUCUUUCCACAAAAGUUAUCGAAAUUUGAUGAUAUUGAUGCAUUCGUUCAAGUAGCAUGUCCUAGACUUUCAAUUGAUUGGGGGUAUGCAUUUAGUAAACCUUUAUUAACACCUUAUGAAGCUAUGGUAAUGUUGGAAAAGGAUACUAAAUGGAAUGAGAAGUAUUAUCCUAUGGAUUAUUAUUCUAAGGAUGGUUAUGGUAGAGGGAAUGUACCGGAUCAUUCAAAGGUUAUAUAGGUAAAUAUAGGUAAUAUAGGUACUUGUACAUUUAAAUAAAACUAUACACUUGGACU